CCAGCGGACCAAUCCCUCCGUAUAAACCUAAACCCACAAAGAGGAGCUCCCCUGGUUGAAGGGGUUUUGAAACGUAAGGCAGAAGGGGAAGCCGCCUUUGCAUACGCUUCAUCUAUUCAAGAAUGCCGAAAUCUAAGCGUAACAGGCCUGUUACACUAUCGAAGACUAAGAAGAAGGGGAAGGAGCACAAAGAAGCAAUUGUCAAUUCAAUAAGACAGGCCAUAGACAAUUACAAUUCAAUAUAUGUUUUCUCUUUUGAGAACAUGAGAAAUCUCAAGUUCAAGGAGUUCAGGGAACAGCUUAAAUCCACAAGCAGAUUUUUUCUGGGAUCAAACAAGGUGAUGCAAAUAUCUCUGGGAAGAUCUAUUGCUGAUGAAGUAAGGCCUGGCAUUCACAAAGUUUCUAAGAUCUUGCGUGGAAAUGCUGGACUUUAUUUCACUAACUUGCCAAAAGAAGAGGUCGAAAGAUUGUUUGAACAAUAUGAAGAGUAUGACUUUGCUAGGACAGGAAGCACUGCAACUGAAAAGGUGGAGCUUAAAGAAGGUCCUUUGGACCAGUUUACUCAUGAAAUGGAGCCAUUUCUGCGCAAGCAAGGGAUGCCUGUUCGAUUGAACAAAGGUGUGGUGGAACUCGUGUCUGACUUUGUCGUGUGUGAAGAAGGAGAACCACUGUCACCCGAGUCAUCACGCAUACUGCGUUUGCUUGGGAUCAAAAUGGCUACUUUUCGCCUUCACUUAAUAUGCAGGUGGAGCCCCGAUGAUUUUGAGCUGUACAAAGAAGGGUUGGAUCUUUCCGAUGUUGAGUCAUCAUAGGUGCGGGUAUGCUCAUUCAUGCAGCUGUAUACUACAUGAGGGGAGUGGUCUUCAUGUUUAUUUUUGGCAGCGGUGAAGAUAUUCAAGGAGAUGCUUGCAAUCUUGUUUUUCUUGCUUUUCUUUAAACUGCAUUGCAAUUAUCUGCUCCCACUUGGGGAUAUGAUUGUAAUCAUAGGGCUUAAGGGGUGAACUUUUUAAUAGAUUUAAAAACGAUUGUCAUAAUGAACCAAAGUCAAAUUUUGUGGAGUAACUUGUUUACUUCUUUCUAUCAGCUAGAAUCAAAUUUCCUAUACUUCACUAGUGGGUUGAAUUGAA